AUGGAAGCGUCAUCUAGUGCCAUGGCUGACCCGGUGUCUACUCUGCGAGCUGCGGCACUAUCGACCCUUAAGUCGAAGCGUCGAAAACCCGUUGUCGACAAGCCAGCUCCUGUCCCAUCUCGGCCACCACCGCCGACAGAUAUGUUUCAGCUCGAUUACGGCCAGGAGGAAACCCCGACAGACGUCCCCAUGGCUGAUGUCCCAGCAUCAAUCCCUCCUCCGCCAGUCGCGAAGGAGAGGACGACUCCGCCCCACACUUCGGAUAUUGCUCGAGAGGAAGGCGAGAUCAGCGAAGAAGAAGAACCUCCUCCAAUAUCCAAAUCUCCAACCCCGCAAACGAAACGUUCGACGUCUGUGACAUCUUUUCUACAAAUGACACCCGAACCAAGGCCCGAACCAAAGCCCUCAAUUGAUGACACGUUACCCUCCAUUAAACCCGCUUCAUGUAAAUCCACCACUCCGGUGUUGCAGCUCCACCCGGCGCUUGUCGACAGGACAUCAGAUCUUGCGCCAUCACCUCUGGAUGUCAUAGAAAACCGGCCUGCGAUAUCGAUGGCCGAACUUUCACAAGGAGCACCUGCGUUAGGCCCUGAUUGCGUGCGUCCGGGAUUGCAUCUGACUCAAGAUGAGUACGACACUGUCAAGGAUAUCAUCUUGGACCUUCUUGGAUGGGGCGUUCCUCCGGACUAUCUUAUCGAAUGCGGGCUCAGUCAAGCAGUGAUAUACUACGUAUUCUCUGAGCUCAACCUCUCGCUGCCGGAGAGCUUCAACCCUUCGGGCCUUGUCCCAUACACUCUGGAGUCACUUCAUACCUCGCGACAAUCCGCUCUUAUGCCGCCACCACCUGCUCCUGACAAUCGGGGUUCUACUUCGGAGGGCCCGUCUUCUUUUGCCGACCGAAUAUCAAGGGCAGGUUCCCCUCCUCCAAACAGCGCCGCCCUCCCGCGGGAAAGUCCUUCGACACCAGAGUUACUAGUAAUUGAACAGCAAAGACGGCAAGAGCUGAUGGCUCGUAAGGCCGCCCAAGCUUCUCGCAAGGUGAAACCGUCGACUUCAUCUGACACUGAAAAUGCCAUGCUGGCAGCUGCAGUACCAACAGAGACCGUUGACGACUUCCUCAAAAGUCUCGGUUCUGUUGCAGUCGCGGAAGCUCCAGCGGCCCCUCCGCGUGGUGUCAUGGAGGUUGAUCAAACGACCGCCUCCUUUGAGCGGCAUCGGACCCAACAUAUAUACUCUCCCAGGUACUCGCCAGUCUCACCGCCCUGGAGCAAAGAACUCGAGAAUCCUCCAGAUUCGUCGGCAGAUAUUCCACCUCCCUCCAGCGAGCCGCCUCCCACCUCUGGCUCGUCAAUGUCCACUUUCUCUCAAAUGUCGUCAUCUGACAACGAAAUCGUGACACCCUCGGUUGCACGCAAUAUUGCGCCUGUCCCGCUCCAGCGGCAGCUGUCGCAAUCGAAUGCCAUUUCCGUAGCCGAGAGCAACUCUCCCACUGCUGGCCCACGCAGGGGGGUCAAGCGUCCCGUUGCUGCUGAUUUCGUGGAUUUCGACCCUACGCCUCGAAAGAAUGAUGUCAACAUGCGCAACGAGCGUGCUAAUGCUGCGGUCGAGACUAGCAUUACUAAACGGCUAAACACUAACGCUGGCUUCUUCAACGUUGGUUCCUCGCGCAGAUGCGUCAUCGACUUGAGUGACAGUGAAGACGAUGGUGGCGAUCAACAAAUGCCACACCUGCAACUGUCGCUGGCGCCGCUACAACAACCUGUCGACGAGUCAGCAUGGAAGCAGUGGGAUAAGUGUAAUCAAACAAGCACAUACCCUUCUCCGGCACCGGUUAAGCCUGUAUCUUCUGGAACAAAUUCACCGGCUGCACUCGCGCAGAAGGAGAUUGAAAUCCGGAAGAUGCGUGAGCUGAUCGCACGAAAGGAAGAAGAGACUCGUCUGAAGAAGGUAGCGGCUGCGAAAGCCAAAGCUGCAAACAGUGCACCUCAGGCACCACCUCCCCCCGAAGUUACUCUGCCUGUUCCAUUGAAGGUAGAGGACGUCGAUGUUGACAUGACUGCGGCAACGUCGGAACCUCCAGAGGAGAACGGUGAUGCUACCAAAGUGCCCAACCCGCCGUAUCGUCGAAGCUCCGAGUCGGCUACACCACCUCCUGUCGGUGAAGUUUCCUCUCUUUCUAUACCCGUAUCUAGGAGUGCCAGUAAAUCGUCGAGUGACCUUAGUGGUGACAGAAACGAAGUUUCGAGCGAGACGACUCUAGUGCAAGAUCAAGUUGUUGAAGCGUUGGAUCCAUCACAAGCGAAGGUUGCUACCGAACUCUUUCAACAACAACUUCAACUCUUACAAGGACAGCUGCCAGAAGGAUUAGUCGACGUCGACAUGGACCCGUCGUCGUCGGCACAGUCGGCACCGAUGACGAGAUCAGCCCACCUAAAGCAAGACGCAAAAAAGCUCUUGGACAGCUUGCCUCAGCAACAGCAGACACCCAGUGGCGACAGCAAUGAUCAAGAAGAAUCAUCAUUUUCGGAUUAUUGUUCUCCGUUUGAGUCUUACCCGCUGCUCCGUGGUCAACCUCUACCGACUAUCUCGUUAGAUGGUUCCCCUCUGUUUUCUCUCUCCUCUGAUCCUCACAUGUAUUCGUUCCCUGUGUCGGCUUCCGAUUCUCCUACUGUAACUCCUAAAACUUCUACUUCGUCUUCCUCUCAUUCUUUUUCUCUGGCUUCUUCGUUUACUCCUGAUUUGAGACCACUCAGGCUUGCUCUGAUGAGUAGGAGGCUUGACCCACUUAAACGACUUUGUCGCUACGAAGUGCCCGGGGGUGGAGUGUGUCGCGAUACGAGUUGCGAGGACGUGCACUUGAGCAGGCUCGAGGGCACGAACGAACUAGGGUCGGUGGAGCCGAGUGAUCAAGAGGCUGCUGAAUAUCUUUUCGGCGCUUUACCAGCUGCCUGGCUUUCGAAACAUAGGAUCGAUUCGUCCGACAGAAUCCUUCAAACGUUGCAAGAAGUCCAUCGAUUAACCCUGAACAACCCCCUGGACCUGGAGGAUCGAGUAGCGCAGGCGCUGACUCUGAUCAGAGCUCCAUCGACAUAA